GGAAGCGGCGGAAGUGAAGCAGAAUGACUGUCACAUAUGAACCCUGGUUGCUAUUAUGGCGCGUGGAAAGUGAUCCUUGCCGAAAUAAGCGGUGGUGCGUUGCGUAAAGAAAUGACAGUUUUAAAUGUGGAAAUGUAAAUUGUGCGUGUUGCGGCCUCUGCUUUCCUUGAUGCUUUGAAGACUGCUUGAGAUGGGCACGAAAGAAUAUUGGUGAACACUAAUUUGUGAAGAUGGUUGGCUGGCUAUUUAGAGCGUACGGGGAAGUGUGUGCCUCGCAUCCUUGGGAGGUGAUUGUGGCCACGCUUACCCUCACAGUAUGCAUGCUGACAGUGGACCAGCGACCCUUGCGACUGCCACCAGACCCAUACAAGGAUUGCGACUGGAGGAACAACUGCUCGGGACUUGAGGAUUAUAAUGCUGCUGACAUGAUUGUCAUGACGCUGAUCCGAUGCGUGGCCAUACUGUACACGUAUUAUCAGUUUUGCAACCUACAGAAACUGGGCUCCAAGUACAUCCUCGGGAUUGCAGGCCUGUUCACGGUGUUCUCGAGCUUUGUGUUCAGUUCGAGUGUAAUCAACUUCCUCGGCAGUGAUAUUUCUGACCUCAAGGAUGCACUCUUUUUCUUCCUGCUGCUGAUUGAUCUGUCGAAGGCAACGGUUCUUGCACAGUUUGCACUGAGCUCUCGCAGUCAAGAUGAGGUGAAGCACAACAUUGCGCAUGGAAUUGCCAUGCUUGGACCCACAAUCACUCUCGACACGAUUGUCGAGACUCUAGUCAUUGGGGUGGGAACUCUCUCAGGUGUUUGGCGCCUGAACGUCUUGUGCUGCUUUGCCUGUAUGUCAGUGGUUGUGAACUACAUCAUGUUCAUGACAUUCUACCCAUCUUGCCUUUCUCUGAUCUUGGAGCUGUCACAGUUUGGUGAGAGUGGCUGGCCUACCUGGCAUGACAGUUCCUUCAUCAUGCGCGCCCUGUACGAGGAGGACCAGAAACCAAACCCGGUGGUGCAGCGUGUGAAGGUCAUCAUGUCAGCUGGGCUGAUGCUGGUGCAUGCACACAGUCGCUGGUCAUUUGCUCGUGAAGAAGAGGCGCUGCCUGUGGUGAACCUUGUCACUGGUGAGACGAUCGUGACUUCGAAGAGUAUAUUCAGUUCUCUUCUGGAGGGAUACAACUUCAAAUGGCUGACUGUGAGUGCAGACCACAUUGUCAUCCUCAUCUUAGUGCUUGCGCUCGUUGUUAAGUUUGUGUUCUUUGAUCUGACCAACAAGUUCCAGCCUGGAGACCGUGCAGACACUUACACCAGGAUGUUGGCUGUGGAGGGGUGGGUGGAGGUGAGUGCCCCCCCGCGGGCUGAGGGCUCUGUCGUGCCCACUGAGCACAAGGGUGUGCAGACAGAGCAAGAGGAGCCCAUCCAGCAGACUCCCUCCUGUGGGCUGCUGGAAGAAGAGCCUACAGGGAUAGCGUCCGUAGACCUUGAUGACCUUCCGACAGAAGACAGGAGUCUGGAGGAGUGCCUCAAGAUCUACAAGUCCACGGCUGGAGCAAGUGCUCUGAAUGACUCGGAGGUGAUGGCCCUGGUGGCUCAUGGUUAUCUGCCGAGUCACCAGCUGGAGAAAGCUGUGGGAAAGCCAGAGAGAGGUGUAUGCAUAAGACGCAAGAUUCUGGGUGUAAUUGCCAAACUGAAGGUUGCAUUGACCCACCUGCCAUAUCUGCAUUAUGAUUACUCCAAGGUAAUGGGUGCUUGUUGUGAGAAUGUGAUUGGCUACAUGCCUAUCCCUGUCGGAGUGGCAGGUCCGCUGCUGCUCGAUGGGCGUCUGAUCCACGUACCACUUGCCACCACAGAAGGGUGCCUUGUGGCAAGCGCCAACAGGGGAUGUCGUGCCCUUAUGCGUUGUGGCAUUACAUCCCGCAUUGUGGGUGACGGCAUGACACGUGGACCUGUUGUUCGCUUCCCCAACAUCAGCAGAGCUAGUGAUGCCAUGAAGUGGAUGGAAACACCUCAAAACUUUCAGGCAUUGAAGGAAAGUUUUGACUCCAGCAGUCGUUUUGCUCGUCUCUUAAAGAUUCAGAUCCGUGUUGUGGGUCGUCUCCUGUACAUUCGUUUUGUGGCUACGACUGGUGACGCUAUGGGAAUGAACAUGCUGUCCAAGGGCACAGAAGUGGCUCUGGGAUUCAUGCGAAAGAUGUUUCAAGACAUGGAGAUUGUGAGCCUCAGUGGUAACUUCUGCAUAGACAAGAAGCCUGCAGCUCUCAACUGGAUUGAGGGUCGAGGCAAGUCUGUGGUGUGUGAAGCACUUGUGCCGGCAGAUGUGGUGAGCUCAGUCCUCAAGACUACGGUUCACGCCCUAGUCGAUUUGAACAUCAACAAAAAUCUGGUUGGCUCAGCUGUGGCUGGCAGCAUUGGCGGCUUCAAUUCACAUGCUGCAAACAUUGUCACUGCCAUCUUCAUUGCGACAGGACAGGAUCCAGCCCAGAAUGUGGGGAGCAGUAACUGCAUGAUGCUGAUGGAGCCAAGGGGAGAAGAUGGCAGAGAUCUCUAUGUGUCCUGUACAAUGCCAUCUCUGGAGGUUGGCACUGUUGGUGGGGGCACAGUGUUGCCACCACAAGCAGCCUGUCUUGAGAUGCUUGGAGUGCGAGGAGCAAACAGGGAGUGCCCUGGCGAUAACGCUAAAUCAUUGGCCCAAAUUGUGUGUGGAACUGUCCUUGCAGCCGAACUCUCACUCAUGUCCGCAUUGACAGCAGGAGAUCUAGUGAAGAGCCACUUGCAACACAACAGGGCAAAGGCGAGUGCACCAGGCAGUGGCUGUGGUCAGUAAAGGCAACUCCUGAAGCCCUGAACUGCGCAGCACAUGACGGGUACUUCCCACGACGCGUAAUACACGCCGUUACGUCGUAUGAUGGGGGGGCUUAUGAAUGUAUGAAUGUGAUAUUGUGUGAUAUGCACAAAUCAGUAUAGACUGUUUUUGCUUUAUUGAAGAGAAACAUUUUUCAACAUGUACAAAUUCAAGAUCUUCAUUAAAUUAUUAUGUAAAUAUAAAA